AUGAGAGCCUUUCAACUGGACAGCUUGAGGCUGCCUAGCUGCAUUACAAACAGUAUUUCCAAGUGCUUCUUGGCACCUGACCUCAUCUGGAAUCUGGAGAAAUAUAAGCCAAAGAUAAGGGGAUGUAUAGUUCUAGAUGGACUCUUCAAGGCAGAUACAGGCAAAAUCAAACUGGUUUUUGAGGAGGAUGUGGCUGUUCUUAAUAACAUUUUCUUAGCCACCUCGCAACUUGUGAAGCACUUCCCUGACUGCCUUUUCUUGGAAUGUGCUGCCUGCCUCCUUGAGGAUUUUGAACUCUAUACAAUAUGGUGUCAAGAUGCUAAUGGGCAUGGAUGUGAGGUAGUCUAUUGUUUUGUAUGUCAGGGCCUCUCUGACCUCCAUGAAUUCAUUAUGUCCUCACUGGUGUAGAGUGUUCCAGGUAUCAAGUUGCAAGUGAAGGUAGUCACAAGCCUGAAAGUCUUGGAAGCCUUUUACUGUAAGGCCUGUGAACUAACAAUACCAAAAGAGGACCAGAUUCACAAUCUGUUAAUGCUAAAUGCUGAUUCACCAUGGGUAUAUAGCCAGUAUCUUGAUUUGGAAGAUGUGGCUCCACUCUCUUUUCUUCUGCAGUACUUAGAGUGUUGGCAUCACAGAGGCACAUGGAUGGAGUGUUGGGCUUUUGAGAAGAACAGAGAACAUUCUUUUCUUGAUUACCUUAAUACCCACCACCACAAGCUGCUGACCACAUUCAAUCCUUCUAUGGCUCUGGCUUCCUGGGUUCAGGAUCUACUGGAUUUCCAGGCCUUGCAUGUGGAGACUUCAAGCUUCAAUGUGACACCAGUGAUUGCACUGUACCACACUUUCUUUCCUCAUGCCUAUGCAUAUUUGGUAGCAGAGGAACCCUGGUGCCCCAUGCAUAUUGAGCUCGAUGACAUGCACAAUGGGUUCCUCCUAGAAGGUAGCACAUGUUUCUUUCUGGUGAGCCAAAAUCUGACUACUUGUAGCUACUCUGUUUCUAUGGUUCUCCAGUUUCCUUGCCAGUACAUAUUUGCUACACGUUUUUGGGUUGGAGAGGCCCUCUUUGACCUCAACCUUCUAUCCAGCUCAUCAAACAGAAAUCAAGAUAUUAUGCAAGAGGAAUGCCAGCUAUGGUAUCCCUUAAUUUAA